UUCUUCAGGUUCUUCCUUACGUGGGAUGAUAGCGUUUUUGCAGAAAUUUCGCCCAGGUAAUAGACAAUCACGCAUUUUUCGUGCAUCUCUCUUGGUGGCUCGUGCUGCAGAAGCAGACGACAUAUCAGCGAAAACUGUCGAGAUUAUUUUUAUCGCGUCUAAAUAAUUAUUUGCAAAAACACGGAAUCAUCCCACGUGCGGAAAAAUAUGAAGAUUUUUUUGCAACCAUUUGUUUAAUAAAAUAUUUAAUAAUAAAUCCGUAGUUCGUCGAGAAUAAUACUUCCGGUUGACUUGGAAUCCGACGCUCUGAUUAGCUGUCUCAGAGGUAUAGAGCACUCUUAAACUGCCAUGUUCUACAUCAGAAACGGCUGUGUUUUUUUCACGCUUUUGUGUGUUACACUAUAAAAUUUUUCCCACUCGCCUGCUAAUGUGCAGCUCGUGUUAAAUAAUUAUAUCCAUCAAACGGAAAUUCGUGAAUUCGGAAGUGCGAAUGCGAGAAAAAAACAUUUUUUUAAUAUAUUGAUUAUGCAAUAGAUAAAAGAACUUUUAUUUAUACAUAUUGUUUAUAUGCCUAGCUCAACUCUCGCGCAAUAAACUAUAGCUUUCUGCUUUCUAAGUCAGUACGGUUUUUGUUUAGCCACUGGGUGCGUUUUCUACACUUCAGCACUUACGGUUGCCAUUUUUCCAACCCUGCUAUAAAUAAUUUAUAAUCGUGACCCUAGCACUGUAUUGCCGUUUUUGCCGUUCUCCGCUAGCAGCUAGAUGUGCCACUUUUGCUUGGACAGGCGAAUCUGUUUCCUAUUCUUUGUAGCGCGUAACUGGCCUUAAACUUUCGGUUAAUGUUCCGUAGUUCAAAUCUAUUAUAAAGAACAGAGAAAAGUGAAUAAGCGACCAACCUCUUCGUGCUGACUUUUUGGGGCUAAAACACGUGGUUGAAUCAUUGAAGCACAAUGCAAAUUUUUGUCAAAACUUUGACAGGCAAGACCAUAACUUUAGAGGUCGAAGCUUCAGAUACUAUAGAAAAUGUUAAAGCUAAAAUCCAAGAUAAGGAAGGUAUUCCUCCAGAUCAACAGCGAUUGAUUUUUGCUGGCAAACAGUUAGAGGAUGGUCGAACAUUGUCCGAUUACAACAUACAGAAAGAAUCUACAUUGCAUCUUGUCUUGAGACUUAGAGGUGGAGUAAUUGAACCAACUCUCAGAAUUUUAGCUCAAAAAUAUAAUUGUGACAAAAUGAUUUGUCGUAAAUGUUAUGCACGACUUCAUCCACGUGCUACUAAUUGUCGUAAGAAAAAAUGUGGUCACACAAACAACAUUCGUCCAAAAAAGAAGCUUAAGUAAGCUUAAAAGAUGCUUGUGCAUCCGCUAAAAAUAAACCUGUAUUAACUACAAUUGGUUUUGAAUAAAAGUCAAACAGUGUAA